AUGCGUCCAUCCAUCGGUCUGGUGACAGCGCUCUGUGCUGCGACCAGACAAACACCAGCGAUCCCCAGUAGCUUCAAAUGGACGUCCUCGGGCCCUCUGGUCGGCCCAAAGAAUGAUGGCCGUGGGGUGGCGGGGAUCAAAGAUCCGUCCAUUGUCGAAAUCAACGGCACCUACCAUGUGUUCGCCAGCACAGCCCAGUCUUCGGGGUACAACCUGGUGUACUUCCGCUUCACCGACUUUGCAAAAGCCAACGAAGCCACCUUCUACUACCUCGAUCAGUCUCCCAUCGGCACCGGGUACCGGGCCGCUCCGCAGGUCUUUUACUUCGCACCGCAGAAACUGUGGUACCUCGUCUACCAGAACGGCAAUGCCGCCUACUCGACCAACAAGGACAUUGCCGACCCGGCUGGAUGGAGCGCUCCCAAGAACUUUUACAGCGGCACGCCCGCCAUCAUCCAGAAUAACAUUGGCGAUGGCUACUGGGUCGACAUGUGGGUGAUUUGCGACAAUGCCAACUGCCACCUGUUCUCGUCCGAUGACAACGGCCACUUGUACCGCUCGCAGACGAAACUGGCAAACUUUCCCAACGGCAUGAGCGAACCUGUCAUUGCGCUGCAGGAUGCGAACAAGUAUGCUCUGUUCGAGGCGGCGUGCGUGUACCGGAUCGGCGAGAGAAAGUAUUUGCUGCUGGUCGAGGCCAUUGGGAGCGACGGGAACCGGUACUUCCGGUCGUGGACUUCGGACAGAAUAGAUGGGAAGUGGCAAGGCUUGGCGGAUAGUGAGGCGAAUCCGUUUGCGAGGUCGAACAAUGUUGUGUUUGAGAACGGCGUGGCGGCGUGGACAAAGAGCAUUAGCCACGGCGAGGUGAUCCGGACACAGACGGACCAGACAUUGACCAUCAGUCUGUGCAAGCUGCGGUUUUGGUACCAAGGGAUGGAUCCCCAGGCAGGCGGGGAAUAUAAUGCGCUGCCCUGGCGCCUGGGCCUGAUCACGCAGACCAACUCUGCCUGCUGA